CAGUGAUUUACUCAACUACAAGACGAUGGCAGGUAAAUUUUCCGCGUUGUUUCUCGUCGGAUUCGUGGCCGCUGUGGUCGUCGCCCCGUACAUGAUGGCAGAGGCGAGAUACCUACCCACCCGGGGAAAUGACGACCGGUUGACCAGAUUGAAAGAACUGUUGACGGAUUUAUUGGAUUCAGGCGCGCAACCAAACUUGGAGAUGGAAAGACCAUACGUGGAUGUAAACGGUGAUUUUAGCAGACUAAGACCUAGAGAAUACAACAUACCUGAAAAGUCAAUAAUGGAACUAUUCAACCCGACAGUGCCACACCAUCAGAGGCCUAGGUCUUAAAGAUGCGAAACUAAUUUUUAAUUUAAAAAUAUACAUAUAAUAAUAUACAAUAUACAUAUACAAACUGUCUUAAGUCCGUUUGUUUUUUUCCAUUUAAGUUAUUUUAUCGCUUUUUCAAGCCAAAUAAAUAUUAUUAUAUCUAUAUACCUUUAAUAAUUUUCGUCACAAAAUAAAAUGUAGUCUGUAGGUAUUACUGCGUGAACAAUCUAUUUUCCUCUUAAAAAUGUAUUAACUAAAACUAUAAGUUUGAAUGAUAUAUCUUAUGUUUGAAAUUUGAAUUGUUCCACAUGUUAAUGGAAAAUAAAUAAACGUUCGCUAAAAUAA